AUGACCGGCAAGAAAGUAAUUGCAGUGUUUGGAGCAACAGGAGCUCAGGGUCGCUCUGUGGCCAAGGCCAUUUUGGAGAGCAAAAAGUUUGCUCUGAGAGUUCUGACCAGGGAUGUGACUCGACCCAAUGCACCUUGGGACCGGUGCUCUGGACUUGGCACUGAAGUGGUAAAAGGGAACCUGAAGGAUGAAGCAUCAGUGGAGGCUGCCUUAAAAGAUGCCUGUGGGGCCUCUGUGGUGACCAGCUUCUGGGGCCAUCUCAGCAAAGAGAAAGAAGUAUGUCAGGGAAAGUUGGUGGCGGAUGUCGCCAAGCACCUGGGUCUGAAGUACGUGGUAUACAGUGGCCUGGAGAACAAUAAGCGCCUGACCGGUGGGAAGUUGGAAGUUGAGCACUUCGAUGGGAAGGGAGAGGUAGAAGAAUAUUUCUGGUCCUUCGGUGUCCCUAUGACCAGUGUCUGCGUGGCAGCUUACUUUGAAAACUUUCUCACCAUGUGGAAGGCCGCAAAAGCCCCUGAUGGAGAUUAUUUCACCUUUGUCUGGUUAGAAGGGGGCUGUUUCCAGAAGUGCUUCAGUGAGUCCAUGGCCCUGAACAAAUUCCCAUCAGGAGCUCUGGUCUGGCUGAAAAAUGUUUGUCCAACCCCAAAAGGAACACGGUCCUCUCAGAAAAUCACCCCAGAAGCUUACGAGAGGCUGGGAUUUCCUGGAGCGAAGGAAAUGGCCGACGUGUUUUGUUUCUAUCAUACGAAGCCAGACUGUGAUGUCCAGCUCACCCAGCGACUAAACCCCAAAGUCAAAAGCUUCAGCCAGUUUAUCCCAAAGAACCAGGGAGCCUUCACAGGCAUUUAA